CUAAGAUAUUUGAAGCUUACUGGGUGCUUGCUACUCUAGAAUCACACAUUCCAAAAUCCUGGCCUAGCUUCUUCCAUACAGGGAUUAAUGUUGAUACUCCAGCAAACAUUACCAUUAAUGGAUCACGCAGUACUGGCAUUUUCUUGUCGUCUUCUCCGAAACAACUAUGUCCGCCGGGCAGGACGGUCGAUAUUGAUGCCAUACUGAACAUUAUCGGUAAAGCCGAGAAGUUUGUAUAUAUUGAAGUCAUGGAUUAUUUUCCGACAACACUUUAUCUAAAGCAUAACACGUACUGGCCAGUGAUUGAUGAUGCACUUCGCAAAGCAGCGUUUGAUCGUGGUGUAGUUGUAAGACUUUUAGCUGGKUUAUGGAAUCACACGCGACCUGAUCUCAAGAGAUUUCUCAAAUCUCUGUCGGCUAUAAAUGGAUCGAAGUAUGGUGACGUSAUUGUGGAAACGAAAUUUUUUCAAGUUCCUAGUUAUUCAAAGGCCCAAAAAGAAAUCCCAUUCGCUCGAGUAAACCACGAUAAGUUCAUGGUCACUGACAAGACAGCCUACGUCGGCACUUCGAACUGGGCAGCGGACUACUUCAUCGGUACUGGCGGUAUCGGUUACGUCAUCAACGACCAAUCAAAUGAUUUUAUACGACGACAGUUGCAGUCAGUGUUUGAGAGAGACUGGAACUCGAAGUACAUUGUUCCUGUUCAAUAACAGACUGGAGUUAUUAUAACUCGUGGAUUUGAUGGAGAGAUUACAAUUUUAGUGAAGACGUGAAUCUUCCUCAGUCGUCUCGGUUGAGUCGUCUCUCUCUGUUGCGCAGCAUGCAUCCAGAGAGAGAGACGACUGCAGACGAGUUUGUGAAUAUCGUGAAUUAUGGUUGAAUACCCUAGAAUAUGGGUUGAAACCCAAACAUUUUUUUCUAGAAUUGAAAUUUUUGGAGUACAGUUAACUCUCUUUGAACGACCACUCUAGUAAACGACCAUCUCCCGUAAGCGACCACCUUUUAAUUUCCCGUUUUGUUCAG